AUGUCGAAAAUUUGGUCGAAAACGGAUAACGAAGGUGAUAAUGAUAUAUGGGAUGAUACGGAAUUGAUCAAAAUGUACGAGGAGUCGAUUAGCUCCACUUAUAGCAAAGUUCGAAAAAAUACAGUGAAUACAAAGGAGUACGUUGGAGAAGAUGGCGUCAAAUACGAGUGGACCGUCGGUCAAAAGUGUAUGGCGCCGUAUUCGGAAGACGAGACUGAAACUGAGCCUAGCGAAUGGUUCCCGGCGACGAUCAACUGGAUCUCGUCGAUCAAUGGAGACGUCGGUGUGACUUUCGAAGGUUAUGGAAAUGACGAGAUCGUCGAUAUUAGCACUCUGUGGCUGGAAGAAGAAGCCGCUGGUGUUGAACAAGAGCAGACUGAAGAUAUUCAGAUGACAUCUCCAGCGCCGUCGGCGUCGCCAAAAAAGGAAGGCGCACAAAAAAUGACAAACGGACUUCCAAAGAUCCCCGUCAUUGCUCCACCACCACCGCCAGCGGCUCUAAGCGGAGUGCCACCAACCGAGGUUGAAGCUCUGAGCAGCAUGCUCAUGAGCUGGUACAUGAGCGGUUAUCACACCGGUUACUAUCAAGCGAUGACCGAAAAGCGAGGAAAACAGUAA